GUUUCCACAAAAAUUAGAGAAAAAACCUCUCCUUUUGUUCUCUUCUGUCAGUCAAUUCGCAUUUCACUCUGUUCACAUUUGAGGCAAAUUCUCACUCUACAGUUCCCGCUUUACCUUCAAACUUGCUCGAGAAGCUUUGCUUCUGCAACUGAUAACCAGAGAACAAGCGAAAACUUCUUUUACAUAUAGUCCAUUUCUCAUCUCUCUCUUGUCCGGUCCGUCCCCAAAAUCGUCUUCCCCAAAAGAAACUGUGCUGGUCGAUUCGGUUGGAUGCUUAGAUGACAACAAACGGUGGAGAUUCAGCUUAUGACAACAUGGUGCAGAUGUUUCUCGGCGUCCGUUUCGUCCUUAUCGGAUUUGAUCCCGUUUUCCAGUCGGAGAUUCAUUAUAAGCUUAUUAAUGGCGGUGGCUUUGAUGUCGGGAAGUAUGGUCCGAGUUGCACCCACGUUAUUGUGGACAAGAUUGUUUAUGAUGAUUCUGUCUGUGUCGCUGCUCGCAAUGAUGGCAAAACACUUGUUACAGGCUUAUGGGUUGAGCAUAGUUUUGAUAUUGGGAUGGCUGUGGAUGCAAGUUUGAUUUUGUACAGACCUGUAAAAGACUUGAAUGGAAUACCGGAUGCCAAAUCUCUGUUUGUGUGCCUGACAGGAUAUCAAAGGCAAGAUCGAGAAGAUAUUAUGAAAAUGGUAGGGAUGAUGGGCGCACAGUUCUCCAAGCCGCUAAUUGCGAAUAAAGUUACCCAUCUUAUAUGUUACAAAUUUGAGGGAGAGAAGUAUGAGCUUGCGAAGAAAAUGAAGAAGAUAAAACUUGUCAAUCAUCGGUGGUUGGAAGACUGUCUAAGAGCAUGGCAGAUCCUCCCAGAAGAUAAUUAUGACAAGAGUACUUACGAGUUAGAGAUGAUGGAAGCAGAAGCUAAGGACUCUGAAGAAGAAACUGGGGAGGAUUGUGACAGGAAGCAGUUUGAAGGGAGAGAUGCUACAGGGGGUCCUUUUGGCUUCCUAGGUGGAACUCCGAGGGCCUCCAAAUCACCCAUGCCUAGGGGGAAAGUGUUAGGGAUCCACCAUAAAAAUGUCUCGCCCAAAGAUUUAUCAAAUGGUACCAAAGAUAUUAUUGCUAACAAUAGGCUACUGACUCCUGUAAAAGAUACAAGAUCUGAUAAAGCCUUAUACUUCCAUGAUGUAAAGAAUAAGGGCCUUGAGGACUUUGGCUGUCGGGGUAAUAGAGCUUCUUAUGAGGAUGCUGUUAGUGGUGGGACAUCUGUUCCAUUUGACACUAUAUCCAACCUCAACAAAGAAUGUAGUGGAUCACCAUUUAACUCAAGAACUGCAACACGAUCUCCUUACUCUGAUGCAGAAAAGUUAAAUGCAAUUAGUUACUCCAGGAAAACCCCGAGUAGGUCUCCAUUUUCUACUUCUGCAGAACCUGCAGUUAAUACACAUGGCUCUCCACAAGGAGGUUUAGAUGGAAAGAAAUUCAACAUUGGGCUCGACCUUGAUUCAGAUUGCAAAGAUUUAAAUCGUCAGGGAAAGCAAACUGGAACAUUACCUCAGAAGAGAAAGCUGGCUGUUUCUAGUUAUGGCAUAAGGUCACCAGAUUCACCACAUAACAGAAGUCAUGAUCCAAAAACCUGUGCUUCUAUAAGUCCAUCAGGAGGUAAUCUUGAAGGUUUAGAGUUUGCAUCGAUGAUGAUAGGUGCAUCAUUAAUGAAAACUGGUCCCUCACCUAGUCAUACUCGACAUCAUUUGGAUGGAAUUACUGGUGUGGACUCUGUUGAGAAUCAGCAAAAUGGCCCAUCGAUGACUAAUUUCUCAGGUUCCAAGCAGAAAUCAUUAAUAUAUGGACUGCCUCUUUUGGAAACAAUGACUUCCGAUAGGACUGAAUCUCCUAAUGUGAAGGUGGCUGGCCUUCCUCUGGAAAAGACACCUGAAACAUCUAUGGGGCCUUUAAAAAGUUCAAACUUAGCUAGUGAGCCUGAUAUAGGGAAUGUUGAAAUCAGCAGAAUAGCUGACCUUUGUGCUGAUAAAACAACAGAGCCCCAGAAGCAGCACCAAGAUGCCAAGGUUUCAUCUCCCAAUGUCAAAACCUCAGUGAGUGAGAAGUCCAAAAGUCCAAUCAGUUUUGGCAUACAUAAGGGAGCAAAUGAUGAAGGAUCUUCAAGAUCACUUACCAAGAAGAUGGUUGGCAAGAAAAGUUUGGGCUCUAGGCCUAGGCUAAGUACCGAAAGUAAUACACUGAAGGGUUUAUUUAGCUUUGACAAAACUGUAACCCCAACUGAUGCUGUCUGUCCAAUGAUGGGCAGAGAGGAAGCAGAAAAUGAUAAAAUGAUUUCUGAGAAACAUGAGAUUUGUUGGCCAACUUCAGCUGCAGAUGUAAUAAUGGGGAAAGAGACAAAGGGGGAGAAGACUUUAAGUCUCGAUGAUGAGACUGAGAUGCCAGAGGACAUAGAUGGAGAUGAGCUUGAGAAGCCAGUCACUAAGAAAUCUGAGAUGGUCAAGCCAACUUCUAAUGCAGAAAAAUUCAUCCACAAGCAGCCAAAACGGGUACAGCUAUCAAAAAAUAGAAGAAAGACUGAUAUAUCAACCACAGAUGCUGAUGCAGUGGUUGCACAAAAGAGUAAGAGUGGAGCUGAGCAUGACAGUGCUUUUAGUGCAAAGAAGACUGGCAUGGGUGAAUCAACUUUUAUAGCUGAUGCAGGGGGAGAAAUCACAGCUAAUGUUGGGAAACAUCCUCCUAGGAAAACCAAGAAAGCAGUAUCUACUGUGACUCAUGUCAUCACACCUGAGAAAGGAAAAAGGGGGAAUGAGCCAAGGGAAGGCAAAGCUGGAGUUGAGCUUGAUAAGGCAAUUGAUGACAAGAAAAUUGGGAAGGGUGGAUCAACUUCUAAAGCAGACGCAUUGACAGAUGAGAUGGCUAAAGAGGGAAAUCAUUCACGGAAAAAAACCAAGGGAAAGGCACUAUCCUCUUUGAAUGAGAUAGAGGCAUCUGGCAAAGGCAAAGGCAGGAGAGAGCUAGGGGAAGUACAAGAGGGAUCUAAGCUCAUGAAGUCGUUUAGUGAGGAGAUGACUGAAAGGGGAAACUCAAUCUUUCAAGCAGAUGAGGUAAAGAAAGAUGUGGCCAAGGGGGAAAAACAUCCUUCAAGUAAAAGCAACAGAGAGGCUGUCUCUAAUGCAAAUAUGAUUGAGACAUCUGAUGCAGGAAAAAGCAGAGAAGAGGCCAAAAACUGCAUUGAUGUACCGAAAACAGAGGUGCCAAAGGAUAGAAGCAGAGCAUGUCCCACAGGUAAAACAAAGACUCUUGCAAGUAAGAGGAAGAAGUCCUUGGAUGCCGAAAAGGAGAACACACCAAUAAGAAAUGGAAUUCCAAGUGGGAAUUUGUCAAAAUAUGGGAGGGCUAGUGGAGCUUCGAUUACAAGUGACCAUAUGUUUGGUAAAAAUGAUCUAAACAAAUUGCAAGCUGGUGGAAGUUGUAAAAUUGUAAGGACUGAACCUGUGUGGUUUAUUCUGAGUGGACAUAAUCUGCAGAGGAAAGAGUUCAAGCAGGUUAUAAGACAUUUGAAGGGUAGAGUUUGCAGGGAUUCUCACCACUGGUCAUACCAAGCUACGCAUUUCAUUGUUCCAGAUCCAGUUCGCCGAACAGAAAAGUUCUUUGCUGCUGCUGCAUCUGGGAGAUGGAUUCUUAAGACUGAUUACUUAACUGCUAGUAAUCAGGAAGGGAAGUUCUUGCCGGAAGAACCUUAUGAAUGGUACUGGAGUGGCCUUAGUGAAGAUGGUGCAAUCAAUUUAGAGGCUCCAAGGAAGUGGCGCCGCAUAAGGGAAAAGACUGGCCAUGGAGCUUUUUAUGGAAUGCGUGUUAUCAUAUAUGGAGAAUGCAUUGCACCUCCUCUGGAUACUCUGAAACGUGUCUUGAAGGCUGGAGAUGGCACCAUUCUAGCAACAUCCCCACCAUACACCCGUUUCCUCAAUUCUGGAGUUGAUUUUGCCAUUGUUAGCCCUGGCAUGCCACGCGUUGAUUCAUGGGUCCAAGAGUUCUUGAGACAUGAAAUCCCUUGUGUUUUGGCUGACUACUUGGUGGAGUAUGUAUGCAGACCAGGAUAUUCCCUGGAGAGGCACGUGCUUUACAACACUCAUGCUUGGGCAGAGAAGUCGUUUGCCAACCUACAAAGCCGGUCAGAGGAAAUUAUCGAGGUCUCCACACCAUCAGAUAGCCCUGAAGAUCUCACUUGUCAAGUAUGUGGGUCUCGUGACAGAGGGGAGGUGAUGAUGAUUUGUGGUGAUGAGGGUGGUUCCAAGGGGUGUGGGAUUGGUAUGCAUAUUGAUUGCUGUGAUCCCCCACUUGAAGAUGUUCCAGAGGAAGACUGGUUUUGUUCAAAGUGUGGUGAGAAGGACAGCACCAGAAUUCCAAAGAGAGCAAAGAGUACAAAGAGAAAAAGACCCUCUAAAUCGAGGUAAUUACUGAUUUUGAACAUUUUCUGAUGAGCUAACUGUAGAAAUGUCUUUGUUCCCAUUUUAGUCUUGCCCGUCAGGUUGUGAUAAUAAUAAGACAAUGGGAUUCUAUUCUAGUUUGUUUGACCUCUGUAAUUGUAUAUCUAUCUACUUUAGUUUUAGCAUCUGGACCAGAAGAUAUUGCAGUAGGUGUCUUAAAUUAAUUGAUGGGUGAAGAACCCUUGUUAUACACCCAUUUUGAAGCAGAAUAGAGUUGAUGCGGCUUCUUCUCUUUUCUCA